AUGACGUAUUCCCUGCAUUUUAGAGAAGAAAGGAGGUUUGGAGAGCUUAGGCUAGAGGUUGGAAUGACUUUCACAACAAAAAUGGAAUUCAAAGAGGCUGUGCGUGAAUAUUGCAUACAAGAGGGUAGAAGGAUUUUGUUUAAGAAGAACGAUAACGUGAGGAUGAGAGCUGUGUGUAAGGAUGAGAGCUGUGGCUGGCUUGUGUAUGCUUCUAAUAAUACUGAAAACAAUUGCUGGCAGAUCAAGACAUUCAUGGAUGACCACACCUGUGCAAGAGAGACCAAAAACAGACUAGCUAAUAGGAAGUGGCUAGCCUGCAAAUUGGUGAAGAAGCUAAGAAAAUAUCCGAAUCUGAGACACUCCGAGGCUGCACAAUAUUUAAAGACUAAAUGUGAUCUGGAACUAAACAAGUCUUCACUGACCAGGGCCUUAGGAGAUGCUAGAUCUGUUAUGUACGGUGAUGCAGCUGCCCAAUAUGGCAUGGUGAGGGAUUAUGGGCUGACACUGCUGAAGAGCAAUCCAGGAUCAACUGUCAUAGUUGGGGUUAUACCUCAGCCCAACCCUGAUGAUGAUCCAAUUUUUGAGAAGAUGUAUGUUUGUUUGGAGGGAUAUAAAAAAGGAUUUCUGGCUGGUUGCAGACCCCUCAUAGGCUUGGAUGGAGCUUUUUUGAAGACCCGGCAUGGUGGUCAGAUAUUGUCUGCUAUUGGCCAAGAUGCAAACAACCAUAUAUAUGUUAUUGCCUAUGCAAUUUUCCCUGUUGAGAACACUAAAAACUGGAGAUGGUUCUUGGAAUUACUUCAUCAAGACCUGGGGGAUUAUAAGAUGAACAAGCUGUGUUUUAUCUCAGAUAUGCAGAAGGGCCUUAUAAAUGUAGUUAAGGAGGUUUUUCCAUAUGUCUAUCACAGAUUCUGUGUUUGGCGUUUGUGGAAGAACUUCAAUAAGCAAUGGAAGGAUCUCCAGCUUAGAAGGCUACUUUGGGAUUGUGCAAGGUGUACUAGCCAAGAUGGCAUCCUUGAUAUCAUCAAAAAGAUUGAAAGGGUUAAUAAGGAAGCCUGGGAGUAUUUGAACAAGUGGCCUAGAGACUCUUGGAGCCGGGCAUUCUUCAGUAAUGCACCUAAAAUAGAUAACAUCUGCAACAAUGCCUGUGAAGUCUUCAACUCCAAGAUCAAAGAUGCUAGAGCUAAGCCUAUUAUCACACUCUUGGAAGAAGUCAGAAUGUAUGUAAUGAGGUCGAUAGCUAGAAACAAGGUGAAGCUGAAUUCGAACACUGGAGUUCUACCUCCUAUACGGCGCAGCAGGUUAGAAAAGAUAUAG